AUGGAACCGCCAAAUGCGAGCAAUUCUCAUUGUGCGGUGGAGAUAGCCACUAUGAUGACGGAGGUGCACAAGGUGGUGCCACCACCUCGCCGGAGUACCCUUCAGAAACUCAAGACAAGAUUCAAAGAAACCUUGUUUCCUGAUGACCCUCUCCGGCAAUUCAAGGGACAGUCAUCCAAAACAAAAUUUAUUCUUGGAGCUCAGUAUAUUUUCCCUAUAUUAUUGUGGGGUCCUAAAUAUAAUCUCAAAUUAUUCAAAUCUGAUAUUGUUUCUGGUCUCACCAUUGCCAGCCUCGCCAUUCCUCAGGGUAUUAGUUAUGCAAAGUUAGCUAAUUUGCCUCCAAUUGUUGGUCUUUAUUCAAGUUUUGUGCCGCCCCUUGUAUAUGCUGUUCUUGGAAGCUCAAGGGAUCUUGCAGUAGGUCCAGUUUCCAUUGCCUCUCUGAUCAUGGGAUCAAUGCUGAGACAAGAAGUUUCACCAGGGAAAGAUCCUAUUUUGUUUCUUCAACUGGCAUUUUCUUCAACAUUUUUUGCUGGUCUUUUUCAAGCUUCUCUAGGAUUUUUAAGGCUUGGAUUUAUUAUUGAUUUCCUUUCAAAAGCAACCCUUGUUGGAUUCAUGGCUGGUGCUGCUAUUAUUGUUUCUCUUCAGCAACUUAAGAGUCUUCUUGGCAUAACAAAUUUUACCAAACAAAUGGGCUUGGUUCCUGUUCUCAGUUCUGUUUUCCAUCGCACAGACGAGUGGUCAUGGCAAACUAUACUAAUGGGGUUAUGCUUCCUCGUGUUUCUUCUUUUCACAAGGCACAUUGGUAUGAAAAAACCAAAGCUGUUUUGGGUGUCAGCGGGGGCACCUCUACUUUCAGUCAUCCUCUCCACUCUGCUGGUUUUUGCAUUCAAAGCACAGAAUCAUGGCAUCAGUGUAAUUGGAAAACUACAAGAAGGAUUAAAUCCUCCUUCAUGGAACAUGUUGCAUUUUCAUGGAAGCCACUUAGGACUAGUAAUGAAAACUGGCCUUGUCACUGGCAUUAUUUCACUCACUGAGGGAAUUGCCGUGGGGAGGACUUUCGCUGCUCUGAAAAACUAUCAAGUAGAUGGAAACAAGGAAAUGAUUGCAAUUGGACUUAUGAAUAUAGUUGGUUCUUCCACUUCUUGCUAUGUUACGACUGGUGCUUUCUCAAGAUCAGCUGUGAAUCACAAUGCAGGUUGCAAAACUGCAGUCUCUAACAUAAUAAUGUCAGUAACAGUUAUGGUGACACUCCUCUUCCUCAUGCCACUCUUUCAAUACACUCCAAAUGUGGUGUUGGGAGCAAUUAUUAUUACUGCUGUCAUCGGCCUUAUUGAUAUUCCGGCUGCCUAUCAGAUUUGGAAAAUCGACAAAUUUGACUUCUUAGUGUUGCUAUGUGCAUUCUUGGGUGUCAUUUUUAUCUCCGUCCAAGAAGGCCUUGCCAUUGCUGUUGGGAUAUCCAUUUUUAAGGUGCUCCUGCAAAUUACAAGGCCGAAAGCAGUAAUGUUGGGAAAUAUACCAGGAACGAAUAUAUAUCGUAAUCUUCACCAUUACCAAGAUGCUCUUAGAGUUCCAGGCUUCCUCAUUUUAAGCAUUGAAGCUCCAAUUAACUUUGCUAACACAACUUAUCUCAAGGAAAGGAUUUCAAGAUGGAUAGAAGAGAAUGAAGCAGAGGAUGUAAAUGGAAAAAAGCAGUCCACAAUCAAGUUCGUCAUACUCGAUUUGUCAGCCGUGAGUGCAAUUGAUACAAAUGGAGUCUCAUUCUUCAAAGAUUUGAGGAUGGCACUAGAAAAGAAAGGUCUAGAGCUUGUAUUGGUGAAUCCACUUGGUGAGGUGAUUGAAAAGUUGCAGAGGGCUGAUGACUACAGAGAAUUAGCAAGGCCUGAUUGCAUGUUCUUGACAGUGGAAGAAGCUGUAGCUGCUCACUUGUCAACAAUCAAGAACCAAUCAUCCAACCCUAUAUAA